AUGGAGUACAUAGGAAGCAAGUAUAUCGGGGAGUAUGUAGAUGGGAGGAUGGAAGGCAAAGGUAAGUACAUCCUCCCAACCGCAACGAAAUAUGUCGGGGAGAUGAAGGACGGCAUGUUUCACGGCCAAGGGACCCUGUACUUCCCUGGUGGGAGCCGAUAUGACGCCAUCUGGGAGAAAGGCUUGGCUGUGGAGGGUACCUACACCUUCGAAGAUGGGCUGAAGUACGAAAGCAAGCACUGGCACUACUGCGACCGCUAUGAUCGCAGGUUCUACACGGAGAUCUGCCACGGCUUCAGGCCUGCAGUUAUUUGUCAGCUCACCAACUUGGACCCACCUAGGAAGAUCCCCAAAGGCUGUUAUGACUGUGGAGAUGGCUUCUAUAACCCGAUCACACGGGUGGUCAAGGACUACAAGAACCGCUUUCUCAGGAACGCAGAUGACGAUGAGCACGAGUGGAUCAUACGGACGUGCCGGAAGGGCUGGGACCAGAUCGUGGGCCACAGCCUCCAGCUCUGA